AGAGAGAGAGAGAGAGAGAGAGAGAGAGAGAGAGAGAGAGAGCAUAAUGGAGUGCGUGCAGAAAAGCGAGACGAAGAGGAAAAGGACGACGGAUUUCACAGAGAAUGCAAAGAAACAAAGAAGUUGGAGAGAGAGAGAUACGGAGAUGGACAAACAGAGGACGACGACACUAAUCGAUGCUGAUGAUAAUACCGGAGAUGGAAUUGAAUCGUCACGGUGCAAUCAUGCGGAUGGCAACAUGGUAUCCAAAGCAAACAAGGAAGUGGUGGACCCUGAGGCUGAUGCAGAAAGGGACCAAAGAACUGUUUACGUCUCUGGGAUACCUUUGAGGGCAUCCAUGGAAGAAGUUAACAUAUUCUUUUCAAGUGUAUGCAAGGUAAGGAAAAUCGAUCUAAUCUUGGACCCGAGUUUGAGAGUACCAAAGGCAGUGGGGUAUAUUGAAUUUGAUGAUCCCAUAUAUGUCCCAAUGGCAAUCGAUCUCUCUGGCCAGCUACUUCGUGGACUACCUAUAGAGGUUAAACCUUUGAAUGUUGGGAACCCUUCUGCUGGGGAAAGAUCUUAUAUUCACACUGGUAAGAAGAAUUUUCUGGACAAGCCUCGGUAUCUGAUGACUUCGGAUGAGAGAAUUGACGCAUCUACCAACUGGAGAGAGCUUACUGAUGUAGAGAAUAGGAGGUGCAGUUCAUUAUUUUUUGCAUCUAUAUUUUUCUACAACAUGGUCACUGGGGAUCGCAGAUGGGAAAUACCUCAGGAGUUAGCGGUGGCCCGGAACCAAGCUCGUGAAGCUGCCCGAAUAAGCCGGAUUCAAAACCCAGUUUCGACUCACCAUGUACCCUUUUCGCCCCUUGUCACAGCCCCCAGCAAUUGCCAGCAGGUUUCUGCUGUUGGGAAUAUGAUGACAUGGAGCUCCCAGGCAUACCCAUGGCCUCCUUACCAGUUUUACCCAUUCGUCCCAUUCCCUCAGUACCUGUUGCCUCAUUAUCAGUAGCAGAUGUGGCUUGCU